AUGGCUGAAGCUGCAGCCCAGCAAACUGACCAGCAGGUAGCCGAGCUUUGUCGGCUGGCCUUCGAGGCCGAGCACUACUCCCGGUUCCAAGAGGCCUUUGACCAGCAUGGCAGAGCCAUCGUCGCGUUAAACCAGCUCGCUGAUGACGCCAAGUUCCUCGACCGCGAGAGAAAGAGAGUAGCGCGCAAGCAAGUCAAGUAUCAUACUUCGCGCCGGCUACUAAUGCAGCAGAUCCAGAGCGGCCAAAAGACAGGUCUUGAUGUCGUUCUACCUUCGUCGAUCGGUGCGCGCGACAGCUUGGCCGCUCUGGUCAACGGGCGGACGAGCCUGAGUCUGGAUGAGGUGCUGCUAUCCAAGACCUUGAAGCCCUUUCACGACCAAGCACAAACCACCUCGCCAAAGGGUGUCGUGGCAAAUCCAAAGAACACCAUCGCGAUAUUUCUAGCCAAUGCGAAGGCCCACCCCAACAUCGUGAACCCUGAGAUUCAACAUGUGGUCACCUUGGGUCAAGAUGGCGCCACGCGCUCUAUUCCGUUCUACACCCCUGCACUCGAUAAGAGCGCUCCCGACACGGUCUUCCACGUGUAUAUCAGCUCAGAGAAUGUCUUCACCUCCGGGCGCUGGUAUUACUUCAAGGUCAAAGACGCGGACGAGCGACAGACUCUCUACGUCCUCCAGGGGCUGAAACGUCGCCGCUACCAAGUCAGCCAGACCGUGCUCUCGCGUGCAACAGAAUUCACCUCACCUUGCGUCCAGACAAUCGUGAACCCGGUGCAGAGCACGGGCAGUUCGCUGGACGGCGGGAUCGGGCGCCAGCUCACUCACUACACUUCCUCCCCCAUCCCGGUCGUGGACAAGCCAGAUCGCAACAAGCAUGUGCUGUGGACACCACGGCGAUUCACGUGGGGAGGCCGUAACUUCGUCUGGAAGAAUGGGACCAGCAAGUUCGAGACGGUGCUGUGCGAGGUGAAGCGCGAGUGGCCGCAGCCGGGGUCCAAGACGGGCAAGAUGCUCGAUGAGUGCUUCGAGCCCCUCGUCCAUGUGCAGUCCAAGAUUGCGCUGAAGAAGACGUCCAUCAUCACGUUCAAGUAUGGGACGGGGGAGGAUUUCCUGUUCCGCGAGCUGGUUCUGGCGAGUGAACUGACGUCCAGUUUCGUGUUGGCCUUUGGGCACGACGAUUAA